CGAUCGAAGCUGCUUCGUUGGACAAACUGGGCGGACUGGCGCGACUGAACCUGACGAACAAUUUGCUUGAUGAGGUUCCGAAAUCGAUAUGUGAGAUCGAUACGUUGGUGCAUUUGGCCCUUGGAGGGAAUGCGAUUGGGAGUAUUCCUGAUGAGAUUAUCAAACUGAAACAGCUGGUAAGUAACCUUGCUUAAUCAACGGGCCUGUAAGAAACGCUUUAUGCUUAGAAGGAGAUCUUCCGGUGAUGUGCCAAAAGCAAUUCCUCGGCAUGAAUAACAACCAGUUGAAAACCAUAAACAAGGUCGUCGCUCAGCUCCCGUCGCUUUCAGGAAUCUCUUUCGCGGGAAACCCAUUGACGGAUGCAAAAUCGGAAUCGGUCGAGCUGAGCAGCAUCGUUUCGGUCAUACAUGCAUUCGUAGGGGCAGAGGACACCGAAAGCGAUGGCACAGCUGCUGCAACAGUAAAAACGGAGACCCCAGCGCCUGUGAUCAACAUCGUGGAUAGGAAACCAGCCCCGACGCCCAUCAUCACAUUGCCCGCACCCGUUUACCCGCCUGAAAACAGGCUAAGUGGGCCAGGGAGUGACUAUACGCUCUCUGCGUUGUCGAGCAUAUCCGAGUCCGACCGUAUGACAUUGGCAGGCGAAGACAACCUCUCCCCCGGUGGUCGCACCCUAUGCGCCGAUUUGGGCACGCCGGCACAAUCCUCAACGCCAGAAGCCUUCGAUUCCGACCCAGCGCUACCGAAGUCGUCCCCGCUACGCCAGGAUAUUUCAAAGUUUGUGCACGGAACACCCACGAGCCCUAUGAGCCCUAUGAGCCCUUUCGGAGCGUUCGGCUUGGUCGAAGGAUCGGUGACGGUGGGGUCUGAGACGGAAGCUGGGCAGGGGCUUUCUCGGAGAGCCGCUUCUCAAGAUUCCAUGACGCACUCGUAAAUCAACUACAAGUGACGUUGCUUCUUUUUCUGCUCGUCGAGCUAUGUAUUUCUACAUUAUCAUGAUCAGAAGCUAUCAGUUGCUAUUUGUAUGGUUGCUUGCUCUCAUCCCUCGCAAUGUCUAAGCUCUUCACUUCCCUAACGCGGUACCCCACCCUUGUGCAAAAACGUGAAUGCUGACUCAAUCCUCCGUAUCCCACUCCUUCGCCGCCUCCUCGGA